UUGAUCGAUUUAUUAUUGGGUCUGUAAUUUCUUUGAGGAGAAAGAAAGAGAAAAUGGCAGGAAGGUUAAGCCGCUUUGCUUCACAGAUCACCGGCGGGAACGGCGUCGUUCCCCGCUCAGUUGCCUCAUCUUUUCGCCUUCGCGCCGGUAUGGGUCUUCCGGUCGGUAGACACAUCGUCCCUAGCCAGCCAUUACCCGCCGAUGAUGAGCUUGUUUGGGAUAAUGGUACUUCAUUGCCUGAGCCUUGCAUAGAUCGUAUUGCUCCUACAGUUGGAAAGUACGAGGCCUUGGCUUGGUUAUGUGGAGGUUUGAGUUGUUUCGUUGGUCUUGGAAUGCUGGCUGUUUGGAAUGACAAAGCAUCCAAGAUACCAUUUGCACCAAAAGUGUACCCAUAUGAUAAUCUAAGAGUGGAGCUUGGUGCAGAGCCAUAGUAUCUCUCCUAGCAAACUAUUGCAAAGUUUGAUGGCAAGGUGCUCACAUAUUUUUUUUUUUUGUAUUCUGAACCAUGAAACAAAAAUAAAUGUAUUCAAACACUUUUUUUUUGGGUUGAUGUUGAAGAGACACAGUUGAGAGUGGAAGUUCUCAAUUUAUGAAAUUGCAUUUCCUCAUAUUUUUUUCUUCAA